UGUAACACUGUGCACUCUCUUACACUGUACCUUCACUCCCACUCUCUCCGUCUAAAUAGCUUCCUCUUCCUCAUUCUCGUUUUUUUUCUUCUCAUUGCGUCUCAACAAAAUCGAAUCUGGAAAAUCUCAUUCUCAACACAAACCCUAAUUCUGGUAUCUGUUUUGGUGCCAUAGUUACAGCACUGAAAGUGGCACUAAUUUAACAGAUAAGCCAAGAUGGAACAACAAAACCAAAAUAAUACGCCAGAUGGUUCAGGAGAUGUGCCUCAGAAGCGCAAACGUGGUCGCCCACGGAAAUACCCAAGGCCAGAUUCAGCUGAGAGUUCCUACAUGCAACUUAGUCAAACCAGAAAGCAGACUCCUAUUCGUGCUGAACAUGCCCCAGUACCUCCUGGAUUUCAAACAGUUAAUGGAAAUGAACACCUUCAAAGGGGCCUAGAAAGUGAACCGAACGAUGCAGCGGUGGGCCAGGUUGUUUCCGGUGUAAUCGAGGCAAUAUUUGAUGCUGGAUAUUUGCUCAGUGUUAGAGUUGGUAAUUCUGAUACUACUUUGAGGGGACUAGUCUUUAAGACUGGACGUUUCGUUCCCGUUUCCCCUGAGAACGAUGUGGCUCCAGGUGUUCCAAUGAUCCAAAGAAACGAGGUUCCCUUCCCUUCAAGACCUACUCAGUUUCAUACUCCUCUCUCAAAAGAAAAGAAUGGGCAACCUGGGAGUGCUUCUAGAAUUGAAACCCUUCCAAUUAAUGGUUCACAAUCUCUCCCUCAGGUUCCCAGAGGAGCAGUUGGUUCUGGCAACUUAGUUGCUUCUUCCAGAACGAACGUUCCUUAUGCGACUGGUCAAACCGCUGAUCAACUGGCCAGAGGUAAUGUAGUGCCGAUUUUGUUCCAACCUAGCUUUUUAAACGGGAUCUCAGCUUCUACUUCACCAGUACAAAUCACCCCAGCUUCUCUAGCGGGUGGAGUGAAUAUUGUGGGCAAGGAAAUUCCUGUAGAUGGAAAUCAAGCACUUAACUCUCCUGCUCAAACUAGCCAGAAUUUGUUUUCAAGUAGCGUGCAAAGCGAAGGUGUUCCCUCAAAUUAUCAAUCUUCUUCUGAUGCGUUUAACAAAAAUGCGGACAAAUCAUCGGUAGCGGCUAGCAUGCCUUUUGAGCAACUGGUUACUGAAGGUGUUAAAAGGAUCGAAACUCAAACAGAGGCCAUGGAUACAAAGACUGCAAACAGCAUGUCAGGCGAUAAUAUAGCGGCAAAGGAUCCCAGCAUUAUGCAGGUAGACAAAGUGAACGAUGCCGGUCAAUCUGUCAUGGUCGAGCCUAAUUCUGCUUCUGUUUCUGCUUCCAAAGCUUCCCACUGCACUGAAACUGGCAAAAUGACUGAGCUUUUGCAGCAGGUUUUGCAGAAUAACAAAACAGAAAACCAGGAAGCCAAAGCAGCAGAGGGGGGAUCUGGAGACAAGUUGGAUGAUUUAAGGAGUUUUGGAACUGAAUUUCAAGAUGGUGGAACUGUUCAUUCUACAAAUCCCUUCUGAGUAUUCAUUGCUUAAUUUAUAUAUAAUUUUUUGAUAAUUAUUAUUAGUGGCUAUUAUUCCAGCUGGAUUAUCUAUCAUAGAGUAGUUUAAGUUAUUGGCAAAGUGAAAUAUUAGGGUUUUCAAGUUAGUUUCUAGGUUCUUUAAUAAAUUUAAUUUGCAAGCCAAGUUUUAUUUGGUUUGUGGAUUUCAACUUAAUUUUGGAUGUUAAUUACUUUUU